UCCUUUCUUCUAACAGAUCCUACCAAACUAUGGCCGUCUCAAGCACCAACAAUAACUAUCCAUCUGUCAGGAUUCAUUCGACAAUGGUCAUGCCGGCCAUCCCGUCAACCCACGCCUCAAAAACAGCAACGAAACCUCCCCGCCGUCCAACACUCCUCAAACUGAAAGGAUCUCUCCUCUCGCACCUGAAAUCUAGAAAAUCACUCACUAGCAACACAACCUACCUCAAUCCCCCAAAACCCCCGCCCUUGCUCGCCCUCCCGCUUGAAAUUCGCAGAAGAAUCUACACAGCCCUCUUCAACAUACUGAUUCCCACUAAUCUAACCGCUUCAUCCACUCCCUCCACCCAUCACGCUACAUUCCCGCUCACCAGCCCCCCGGAAUUCAUAUACACAAGCCGCACCAUCUACACAGAAUCUGUUCCUUGUCUUCUGCGUGGUACUGAAAUCCACAUCGCAGAUAUACUCUCCGCAUCGCGCCUAACGUUCUACCUCUCUAGGCCUGGUAAUUUACUUGUUGCGAGCGGGAUAGCAGCGUUGUCAUUUUCAUCGGAUAUUAGUUGGGCACCACAUACGACGCAUACCUGCCGGAAGUUGCUAGAAUUGUGUAAGGGGUUGCGGAGUGUAAGGGUUGAGGUUCCCGCGGGGGUUUGUGUGAGGGAUCUGGGAUUUGGUAAUAUGAAAGGGAAGAGGAAAGGGAGGAGGAGGGUGAGAGUCAAGAGUAAGAAGGAGAUUGUGGAGAGUGUUGAUUUGUGCUGUUUGAGGGAUUGCGAGGGGCUGAAGAAGGUUGUGGUUGUAUGUGUGGGUGGGGAGAAGGAGGCUAGGGAGUUGGGGGUGCAGGUUGAACAGGUUUUUGAACCAGUUGUUGGGUAUGUGUUUCUCUCUUUCUCUCCGCCUCUUUCUUCUCUGGUUUUUUUUUCUUCUUCUUUUCUCAUGCUCUGGAGUUCAUGUGGUUUAUUUUUGGGUUACGGUGGUGGCUAUUCUGUGACUGACUUCGUCCGUGUGUGCAUUCUAGGUGGGUUCAGGAACACGUUUGCAAGGAUCUUGACCGGGCAUUGA